AUGAGACAUGACACCCAGUCGAAUAAAGUUAUAGAUAUAGAAGAAGGAUCAGAUUCAUGGUGGCUUGAUCUCUCUGGCCGUGACCAGUUGGAACCAAAAUUCAAGCGACCAGGUAAAUGGUUCACGGAAAAGGUCACAAUUCCUUCGCAAGUAGCCUUACUUUGUGGAGAGAUCAAGGUCAACGCAGACUCAAGAAAAUUCAAAUCAUUGUUGGGAGUCCGAGACGUACCGUUGAAGAGUUUUGCGCCCUUAGAGACGUUUCAUGAUGAAUUUGCUAUGGCUUUAGAGGACGACCCCGAGACACUUGAUGAUUCCGAUUUGGAGCUUUUGGCUGGUGAAGCUCAGGUGGCUGAAGAGAAACCUGAAGAACAGCAAGUUGAAAUGCAAUUCAAGCACGCUACGAUUGUGGUGAGCCGAAAUAUGAUCAAAAUUGUUUCUAUCCGUAAGGUCUUCCCAUGUCCCUUCAACGUUUUGAGUUGCCAAUUUAAAUUAGGUUCUCACGAUCUCUGCGAGGACAUUCUGUUGAUCUUGACAGACGAGGGCAUCAUAUGUAGCGUUGCGUUUGAUACUAACUUAAGACCGCUUGUUAUGCAAUGGUGGAGACUUUUGAAGAGCGAUGGUGACCCUCAAACUCUGAGAGUGCUGCCAUCUACUAAUCAAUUUGUUGUUGCGACAAAUAAGGUGCUCAAAUUCUUCAAAUUCGUUGACACUUUUCAUUUUGAGCUGGUUAGUAACUUGAAUUUUGAAAGCUCAAUUUCUGGCGCUGAAUUCCUUGACUGUGGUGAGCGCAAGGACCACUUCAUGCUGUUUGGAGCGCUAAACCGCUCAGAUCGAGUCACUUUGUGUGUGGUUCAGUGGGGAGCAUUAAAUGAAGAGAGAAAGGAAGUUCAUCCUUUAACCUUACUGGAUAGCGAACCUAUCUCAAGUAUUAUUGCGCUUGACGAUUCGCGCUGCUUGACCGUUACCGAGACAGAAAUGAAGCUCAUUACGGCAAAUCAGGUAUUAUCUGGAGAGCUCUCAUUUUUGUCGGUGAAAAGAUCAAUGUUUGGUUCGUGUGUGACUAAAUGCUUUGACGAUGCCAUCUUACUUUCACGGCUAAAAACACUCAGGACUGAUUUGGAAUGUUUUGUGCAUUGCUCAGUGCUCGCCACGUCGAAUGGUGCUCUUUGCUGCUGUCUCAUCGACGAAGGAGGAGCGCUAAAAUUCUUGGAGCUUACAAGAUUUAAGGGCCUCACUGAUGCCUUUCUAAUGAGAAACGAACACACACCGGAUAGUGUAUAUGCUGUAAUAGUAUCCAGUUUUGGGCGGCUAUUCCAAGUAUACUUGGAUUUGAAGUCUCUCAAAGAACUCAGCAAAGACUACAAAAUUCCUUCACUACAGAAUGUUAUUAACAAUCGAACUAUUAGUGCAGGCCAUGACCUCGGAAGUUCUGUGGCAUACAUUCCAGCUUCUGAAAAGGGCACAGCUGGAGAAGAUCGAAUAUGUUUGCUAUCGGUAGCAACUAUUUCCCUACUUUCCCCAUACCAACUAGCCCAAGAUUGCUCAGUAUUGCUUGUAGUGAACUCUCUCAAAGCUGCGAACAAGCUACUUAUGUUUGACUGUGCUAACCUACCGGAGUCAUGGAAAAACCAGUUUAUAGACACUAUCAAUUUGAGGAACAAAAGUUUUUUGGUUCUAGACGAGAAUCCAACGGGAAUGUCAAAUCUUUUGUUAAUCGAGUGUUGUGGGGAUUAUAGCGUUUCGAAUGUCAUAGAGCUCGAAGACGUUCUAAGGAACGAUUUGGGUGAAUUUGUCUUUUUUACGUUUACGAAUCACAACUUUGUUCAAGUAACUUCCCAAGCCGUGAGUGUAGGCAGUUUCGCAGAGGGCAAGAACUGGGUGUAUCACACCAAAUUUUUUGUGAGUGGAGCCAUAUGUUGGGAGGGAAAGCUCAUAAUCUGGAAUGCAGAACAGGGGCACAUGGUAUUUACCGAUGAUAUCGAUGAUUCACGCAACGAAGCUUACCAUGAGCUGAAAAUCCCCAUGAAAGGAAAACAAUCAAAAAUUACAUCUGUGAUGUUUAUGAGGAACGAGCAAAGAGAAGAUGUUAUUCUGAUCAUUUGCGAUGAGAUUGCUUACCGUGUUCGCUGUGACGAUAUCCCGCUUUCAAGUCAAGUUUUCGAAUCUGUUUCAGAUACUUUUGUUCAUUAUGGGUCUUCUAGUGUUAAUCGAGCAAUUUUCAGUGACUUAGAUGGCAACCUUUACCGGUUUACAGAAAAUGAAUUGACAUGCAGUGCUCCAGUAGUAGAAAAAUUGAAACUAAAUUUGGAAAUAGGUCAUCCGUGGAAAAUUCGAUACACGACCAAAGGUGAGUGCGUUCUUUACGCACCCCGAGUAAUGCAUUUAUUGAAUCUCGAAGAUAUGAGUGUUAUAAAUAUCUCACUCGGGACUAACAGAAAGCGCUCUACAAUAAUAGACGUUCAAGCCUUCAGAGGCCUAUAUUUUGUAUUGUUCUCGGAUGGUUUCGAAAUAUUGGAUCCGACUUGCUACACUCACACUUCGAGCACCAUUGUCCUGAAAGCUACCAGAAGUGCUAACAAACAGUUUUUGCAUUUGAACAGAAUCAACCGAAUGCUGGUGGUGAACAAAUUGAAGAAAACUCUUGAUUGUGCGAAGUUAGAGAAUGGAAGGUUGCUGUCUUUGGACUCCAAAUGCUUAUCCAACUUUGAGAAUGUUCUUGAAGUUAUUGAAAUUCGCCGAGUAACAGGACCCAUAAACCUAGUGGUGGCAGGGUCAGUGCAGGGGGAAAUGUCAAUUUUGAAAUGGGUACAGAUAGUUCCGUGGCCCGGUAAACUAAUAGUGCGAGAAGUGUGUUCGUAUUCUAUGGAGAUGGCGAAUCCUGACAAUGUUCAUAUGAUCUCCAUUGACAACAGCAUGUUUUGGGCUUCUUGCGGUAAUCAACUACAUUUGCUUCGAUUAGAUUGUGAUAAAAUCUGCUUGGUGCGCACAAUCGCGGCUUUGCGAGGUGCAGUUCGUGCAUUCGACGCCACCUUUGAUUUGGUAACGGCAGUAACCCAUCAAGACGACCUUUAUUGUGAGUGCCGCGAGAGAAAUGGCACAUGGCGCCAACUGGAAGUGGUGGAAGGUGCUGCGAAUAUGAAGUUCCACAAGCCGCUAAUUAUUGGCCAAGACUGUAUAGCACUGCCUGCAGACAUUCUCAAUAAUCCAGAUGCGCAUGGUGUGAUAUUAUUCUACAUCAUCUCCGAUGGUGCAUUGAGCUGUUUUAAUGAAAUACGGUUUGCGCAUCCUAUACAAGACGUGCAAUAUUCAUCGAAAAAUCAGGAGCUGUGUGUGCUACACGAGAAUGGCACAAUAGUAACCCUCCAAGGUCAAAGUGAGUGCUCUAAAACUUACUCUGUGGUGGGAGGCGCGCAACCGGUCGAUCGAACUCUCAAGGUGAGUUCUCAAACCGGGUGCUGGGCUUUAGAGAAGCAACAGCUGUCUCCCAUAACACACCAGUGGUGGUAG